AUGGAUUAUUAUAAUCUUUUGCAUGAGACAUUGGCAAAAGGUAAUGAAGAAAUGAGAGGUAAUAAUAUUUCCAUGUCAAAUCAAAAUAGUUCUAUCAUUUGUCCCAAGCCAAGAAAAGUUGGGAUUUUUGUUACCAUCCCCAGAAGGCAAUUAAGAGUAGAAAAAUUAUGUCAUGAACAACAAAAUGAAGGGUGUGAUUCAAAACUUGGGGUAGAGCUUCUGGACACAAUAUCCAAGGAGAAUAAUUAUUACAUUGAAACACCAUCACCAAACCCAUUUUUUCUCAGGUCCCCUCCUAUUAGAGCAUCUAAUCCUUUGAUCCAAGAUGCUCAAUUUGGAUACCAAAAGUACAUUGCUUCUCCUCAAUCAAUAAAACAUGUAAUUUUACCAUCUCCCAUUUCUUCGCCAUCGGCAAGAUCAGGGUUAUCAUCUCCGUCAUCGUUGCACAAAGGAGGGUGCACUGUCGUGAUGAAAUUUGGAAGUAAAUCAGCUGCGGUCAAAGUAAUAGGAUUUGAUUGUCACAUUACAGUUGCUUGA